CUCCCGGUGGCGGGGAAGGGAAAGGGAAGGGCCGCCUCUUUGUCUCCCGCGAGGCCCUUCAGUCCUCGCCGCCGCGUGUCUCCCUCUUUCGGUAGGGAAAUCCGGCCGCGGGGACGGCUCACCCCGGCGCCGGCCCCGGCCAUGGAGCGGCUGACUUUGCAACCGGGGGCCGCCGCGGCCAUAGACGAAUACCUGGAAUACAAGAGAAUUGUAGGCGAAGAUGAUGGAGGGAAACUUUUUACUCCGGAAGAAUAUGAAAAGUACAAGAAAAAAAUGUUACCUAUACGGUUACAAAACAGGCUGUUUGUGAGCUGGAGAUCACCAACUGGCAUGGACUGCAAACUUGUGGGCCCCGAAACCCCAUGUUUUUGUACACACAGGUAUAAACAACACAAAACAGACUUUGAAGAGAUCCCAAAGGAACGUCCUAUUUCUUUACCCUGUAGGGUGGGCCAUUGCCCAUGCAAAUCUUAUAACUUCAUUCCUCUCAAUGGGACUCAGCCCAUCCGCUGUAGAUGUAAGCACUUUGCUGAUCAGCACAGUGCAGCACCUGGGUUUCCAUGCAACACAUGUUCCAAAUGUUCAGGGUUUCACAGUUGCUUUACUUGUGGAUGUGGGCAGCCAACAUAUGCUCAUGAAACAGUAGUGGAAACAAAAGAGGAACGUUUAACCCAAGGAAAACCAGUGGGGCAAGAUGUCCCAUAUGCUGCCAUGGGAGGACUAACUGGCUUUAGUUCACUAGCAGAAGGAUACAUGAGACUUGAUGACAGUGGGAUAGGAGCACCUUCCAUUGAGUUCCUAGAAUCUCCUGUAACCAACAUGGAUCACCCCUUCCUAAGAGCAUUGCAGGGACCUUCUAGUUCCACGCAAGGACGUCCCCAGUUAACAGAUGGAGGUGCAAGUACAGCAAUGCAAGUUGCCUCUUUAAGAAAACCUGACGAAGAUGACAUGGCUUAUUUUGAAAGACAGUAUCAGGAACGGUUGAAGCAAGAAAAGGCUGCUGCAAAACAGAAAGGAAAGCGUCCAGUGACAAAAAAUUCAUGAUAACCAAUAAAACAAAAGAAUACAUUUUUUAUUCAUUGUGAUUUAUUAGUGUUUAGAUACGUUUUCUUUAAUGAAUUCAGUAUGUGAAGAUUUUUCUAUAAGAUAAUAUGUGGUAGUACAUCUAUUUCUUUCUAGACAUGGAAGCAAAAAUAAUGUCAUCCAGCUAGAUAGAAUAUGCCAAGGACAAUGGUUUUCUCACUCACAUGUUAAGCAUCAGCAAAACAUGUUUGAAUACAGAGAUCAAAUAAUAAAAUUAUAUCCCUGUUCUU